AACCCACUGACACAAUCCAGCCAGGCAGGGUCUGAACUGCUCGGUGUGUCAAAGAGGAAUUCCUGCUGAGCUCAUUUUAGCGGGACAAAACCUACUGACAGAGAAAUAGUUACUUUGUUCACAUUUCUAAAAGCAAAUGUUUGGAGGCUUAUUAGUCACGUACAGCUGUUUUGUAUUGCAGAUAUUUUAAUAUAUCCUCCAGAUGUGGACUUAGCUGUGCCUCACCAGGAUUAUUUUUGCAGUCAUGCCGGGAGGAAAAAUCAAAGACUUUGGUGAACUCACGUCUUUUCUGGGAGACUACGGUCUCUUUCAAAUUCUAAUGACCGUCCUGCUCAGUUUAAGUGCCGUUCCUUGCGGCUACAUGGGAGUGAUCGUGGUUUUUGUUUCGGAUACACCCGAACAUCACUGCAACGUCUCCGGCAACUUUACGCGCACCGGCUCAGAUGUGGAGGCGACGCUCCAGGAGCGGAACAGCUGGAUGGAACCAGACAGCUGCUCCCGAUACAAACUGAGGGCAAACUGUACCGAGACAGCAGGAGUCGGCAAUGAAACAGAGCCGUGUGUGGACGGAUGGAUCUACAGCGCCGAGAGAUACACCAUUGUGUCUGAGUGGGAUCUUGUGUGUGACAAUGCAUGGAAAGUUCCUUUCUCCACUUCCUUAUUCUUCGUAGGGGUCCUGAUCGGAUCCUUCAUUAGUGGACACCUCUCAGACCGCUUUGGCAGGAGGCCGGUGUUUUUUUUCACCAUGGCCUUGCAAACAGUCACUGCCCUGAUCCAGGCGGCCUCCAUGAGUUGGGUCAUGUUCUGUGUCCUCAACUGCCUGAGAGGACUUGGGCAGAUAUCCAAUUACAUCACGUCACUCGUACUGGGUUCUGAGAUGCUGAGUCAGUCUGCCAGAGUGAGCUUCACUCUAUUGGGCCACAGUCUCGGCUUUGGCAUCGGCUACGCCUUGUUGCCACUUUUUGCCUACUUCAUACGAGGAUGGAGGAUGCUGCUGGUUGCUGCUGCCAUCCCAAGCCUCCUAUUUCUUCCAACAUGGUGGGUGAUUCCUGAGUCACCACGCUGGCUCUUACAGAAAGGUCGGGUGGAGGAGGCUGAGCUUGUCAUACGUAAAGCUGCCAAGUGGAACAGAGUCCCUGUCCCCGAGGUCAUAUUCAGGACCAGAGAGUGCUCAGACCUCAUGCAAAAUAAAGAAGAAGAGCAGACAUACACUUACAUGGACUUGAUACGCACCAGAAACAUGAGGAACAUCACAAUUUCUGGUGUCUUCAUAUGGAUGUCCGUCUCCAUGGUAUUCUAUGGUUUGUCUCUCAAUACUAGCAACCUAAAUGGAAAUAUCUACUUGAACUGCUUCCUCUCUGCAGUCAUUGACCUUGUGGCCUACAUAGCCACUUGGCUUCUGGUCAAACGGGCUCCACGACCCGUUCUCCUCUUCUCCACGCUGAUGUUCUGUGGCAUCAUGCUUCUGAUCAUCAAGCUGGUUCCUGAAGGCAUGGAUGCUGUGUCUCAGGUGUUAGCCUUGCUAGGAAAGAUGGGCGUUUCUGGUGCUUACUGCUUCAUUUACGUCUUUUUCACUGAGCUGAUCCCCACCGUGGUCAGGAACAUGGGCUUAGGGAUCGCCUCCACAGCUGCUCGAAUCAGCAGCGUUAUUUGUCCUUAUAUGAUUUACGUGGGUAUUUACAACAAGGUCCUCCCAUACCUUAUUUUUGGCACAAUCAGCAUCAUGGCUGCUGUUGUUAGCGUGUUGCUGCCAGACACCAGAAACAACAAGCUUCCUGAUCUUAUCAGUCAGGCCAAACCCAUCAGACGUUGCUGCUGGGCAAAGGAAACUUCCACAGCCUGGUCUGAUACAAAUGAAGACUGUAAAGAUGUGAGCAAAAGUGCCACCUGCUGAAAGGAAAGCACACUGCAAGAGUUGCGUUGCUGCAGACAAACAUUUACAAACACAGUUUUGUUGUGGUUUAUGAUGUCUGCUAAUCAUUAAUCUUGUUUGAGAGAUAAAACCACAGAGCGUCUCUGGCCUUUAUAAACAUAGAACAGAUCGAACUGUCAUCUUCAUUUGCUGGUUUAGACUUUCCCCAACUGCUAUAGUCUGUCGAUUUUUUUUUUUUUUACCUCUACCAAGGACAUUUUUGCUGUUGUUUUUGAAUUUCACAUUUUUUAUGCACUGCUGCGCCUCUAAAUGAAAUAAACUACCACACCUGUCA